AUGCAGCCUCUCAUAUGUUCCUUUUUUGUUCUUUCGGUGGCAAGCUAUUUUCAGCAGCUCUAUGCUAACGGAUAUGUUGGCGGCUCCACAGGAAACGCCGUUUCCAAUCAUUACGGCGACGGAUCGGCCCAUGAAAAUUUCACCUCUUAUGAUCCCUUUUUUUCUAAGAAAGUGUCUUUCUUCAAAGAUAUGCUUGCUAUUAGGGCAGCUGAUGACAUCUUAUUCAUCUCUACUUUAAAAUCCAAGAUCUUCAAUGGAGACAAUGGGUUUAUUUGGGACGACGAUGAAGCUGCGUAUUCUUCCAAAGUUCGAACCCGCAAGGCCAUUUCUGAUUUAUCAAACAUCGAAAGGCAUUUAUUCGAACCCGUCAAAACCAUUAAAAUCCCAUUGAUGAAAGCCGGGAAAAUCCCUCUUUCUGCUGUUGGAGAUCUUUCUGAAAGAUUGACUUCUAAAUAUUCUUCGCAAGAUGUAAUUAAAGAGGCCUUAUUUGGCGAUGAUAGCAGCUCUGCUUUUACAACGGAAGAGCGCGAACGAAUCCUUGC